AUGUCACCGGUACCGCUGCUGCUGGUGUUGUUUCUGCUGGUGGAUCCCACCACAGCCACGCUGAUCCGGAUCCCUCUUCGGCGGGUGCACCCUGGACUCGGCGUCAACUCCCUGAGGGCAUGGCCACCAGAACACCCAAGGCUGGGAGCCCUGUCUCCUGGGAACCGUUCCACUUCUGUCCUUCUUUCUAACUACAUGAAUGUACAAUAUUUUGGAGAAAUUGGGCUGGGAACGCCCCCACAAAACUUCUCUGUCCUCUUUGACACCGGCUCCUCCAACCUCUGGGUCCCGUCGGCAAGAUGCCACCUCUUCAGCCUGCCCUGCUGGUUCCACCACCGCUUCAACCCCAAAGCUUCCAGCUCCUUCCGGCCCAAUGGGACCAGGUUUGCCAUUCAGUAUGGAACUGGACGGCUCAGUGGUAUCCUAAGUGAGGACAAGCUGACUAUUGGGAAUCUGAAGGGUGCAUCGGUGGUUUUUGGAGAGGCCCUGUGGGAGCCCAGCCUCGUCUUUACUUUUGCCCACUUUGAUGGGAUACUGGGCCUGGCUUUUCCUAUUCUGGCCAAGGAAGGCGUUCGGCCCCCGCUGGACGUACUGGUGGACCGGGGGCUCCUGGACAAGCCUGUUUUUUCCUUCUACCUCAACAGGGACCCCGAAGGGGCUGAUGGAGGAGAGCUGGUCCUGGGGGGCUCGGACCCGGCACACUACAUCCCACCCCUCACCUUUGUGCCGGUCACUGUCGCAGCCUUCUGGCAGAUCCACGUGGAGAGAGUGAAGGUGGGCACCGCCUUGAAUCUCUGUGCCCAGGGCUGUGCUGCCAUUCUAGACACAGGCACGUCCCUCAUCACGGGACCCUCUGAGGAGAUCCAGGCCCUAAACUCAGCCAUUGGAGGUACCACUCUGCUGACGGGACAGUAUCUUAUCAACUGCUCGAAAAUCCCAACUCUCCCUCCAGUCUCCUUCCAGCUUGGAGGAGUCUGGUUUAACCUCACGGGCCAAGAUUAUGUCCUUCAGAUUGCUCGGUUUGGAAUCCAUUUCUGCCUGUCCGGCUUCCAAGCUCUGGACAUACGUUCGCCCGAGGGGCCCUUCUGGAUCCUCGGCGACGUCUUCUUGGGGAGUUACGUGGCUGUCUUCGACCGCGGGAACAGCAGAGGUGGAGCCCGAGUAGGGCUGGCACGCGCUCGUCCUCGCGGGGCGGGGCGGCGAGGGCUUGGGGCUGCGCAGGCGCAGUUCUCCGGGCGACGCCCUGGUUAGCCGCUCGCUGCCCAGAGCUGCCGGGGCUGGGUCACCCCUCCCCCCAACGCCAGCCCCGGAUCCCCCAUCCCCGCCCCGCCACGACUUUGGGCACCGCCUACUCCCGCCGCAGCCCCAGCCGCAGCCGCUGGCCCCGCCCCAGGCCCCUGCGCCUGCGCCCUGCAGCUCUUCGGCUAG